UCUGUCUGCACCGUCUCCAAACAUUCCCGCGUAUUUCUGCCGGUAACAACACUUCCGUGCGGUGAUGAUGCUGCGCCGGAGCCGGUGACAACAACAUGGAGGCUGACACCGGGGACGGGAGCGUGUCCACGGCCGAGAUGCUGAGAGGAGUCGUGGCCGAGAAACUGACCGCCGCCGCGCGGGAGAUCUUAGCGGUGGUCGAGAGAACCGUGGCCGGGUACGAGGAGGAGGCUGCGGGUCUGAGGCUGGAGGUCGACCGGCAGAGGAAGCACCUGGAGGCUCUGCUGUCCAUCUCCGCUGAGAUCAAACUGGAGGCAGCAGAUGACCAGUUUCCUGUCUGUGAGCCGGCGGCUGGAGGAGGAGCCGAACUCCCCGAAGAGGAACAGCGGCACAAACAGGAGCCGAGUGUGGAAGACAGCUGGAGUCUGGGCCUCGUCUGCUCCACUGAGGAACGGAUGGAGGAGGAUGAAGAGGAUGAAGAGGAGCAUCCGGAACAUCUCACAGAACCAGAUGGUGAAGAAUCAUCAAGGUUUUUGACUCCCACAGUUCAGUCUGACAGGAGGAGUGCUGACGGACCUGCGAUCAGGGAAUCAGAGGACCACAUAGACCUCAGGAUCCGCAUCCUGCAGGACUAUCAGAUCGAUGUGCUCUCACCCCACGCGUAUACGAAGUUCCCGCUUCUGGAGCUGCAGUGUCCUCGUGGGAUGCAGGAGGCGGACUUCCUGGACCUGCUGAGGUCCACCUUCCCUCAACUGGCUGCUCAGGAAACUUUUGACCUCUUCUUAACUGACAAAAUGAAGAAACUACACCCACUCAGAGUGGAGACUCUGACACCAGAGGAGAUCUGUAAGACCACUGGACGUGCAACCCUCUUCAUCCGACUGAAGCUGCCUGAGGGAGUCCAGCCCCAAGAGAUUGAACCUCUGCACAGAGAAGAUGCUGCUCCAGAUUCUCCGUCCACAGAUCAAACCGGACUGAACACGAGAGUUCAGUCUGACAAGAGGAAGCCCAGCAGACGUCAUAGGAGUGAACCUCCGAACCUAAUAGAUCUCAGAAUCUGCAUCCUGGAGGACUCUCGGAUCAAUAUGCUCUCAAACAAAGUGUAUAAGAAGUUCCCGCUUCUGGAGCUGCAGUGUACUCGUGGGCUGCAGGAGGCGGACUUCCUGGACCUGCUGAGGUCCACCUUCCCUCAACUGGCUGCUCAGGAAACGUUUGACUUCUUCACAUGUGGCACAAAGAAGAUACUGCAGCCGUUCAGAGUGGAGGCUCUGACACCAGAGGAGAUCUGUAAGACCACUGGACGUUCAACCAUCUACAUCCGACUGAAGUCGCCUGAGGGAGUCCAGCCCCGAGAGAGAGAAGCUCUGCACAGAGAAGAUGCUGCUCCAGAUUCUCUGUCCACAGAUAAAACCGGACUGAACAUGAGAUGCAACCCUGGAAAACAGAAUCACAGCGUGAAUGAGUGA